GAGUGAUAGCAGGAAUUUCCAAACUUUUUUUUAAAUUUUUAUCAUUUCGUUGACAUUUCCUUUAACCUACAAAAUAAUUCUCUCCUAAUUACAUAUUAUUUUAAUUUAUAAAUCAUAUUCUCUGAAUCAAUUGUCUUUUUAUUUAAUUAUUGAGCCAAAGUGAAGCUUUAAAAAAAAUAAAAUAAAUAUCAAAUAAUUAACAACAUAAUUAGUUAUUUUAAAAAUAUACUUGAACACAUGGACUAUAAUGAAAUUAUUUUUGUACAUCAUAAAAUUGUAAAUAAAAGUUAAUACUGAACAAAUAAACCAGUAGGCAGCAAGAUUAUGAAAUUAUAAAAAAUAUGUAUCAUGUUUAUAUUAUUAAUAUACUUUUCCUAAUACAGUAUAUUUUUUUAAACAGUAAUUUUAUGUGAAAUUAAAACAAUGUUUAUUGUCACAAAACAAAUAGAUAGUGAGAAUAUUAGUAAACUAUGUCGGACUUGUUUAAGAGAAGAUGGAAAGAAAAUGAUUUGUCUUUUUGUUGGCCCUGCUGAGACUUCACUGGCUGCUAAAUUACGUUCUUUAUCCUGCUUAGAGGUAUGGCAAGGUGAUGGAUUACCAGAAAAGUUAUGCGAUCGCUGUGUAACAAGAGCUGAAUCUGCGCUUUUAUUUCGGGAGCAAUGUCGAGCAGCUGAUAGAGCCUUAAGACAAGCAGCAGCUCGAGUCUCAGGACUGACAAAUUACACAACAGUAUCAGGUUGUAAAUUAUACCAACAAAAUCAAGGAUUAACACCAAUAGAGAGCUCGCAAAAGACACUAAAAUGCAGUGACUGCGGUGCUGUAUUCAUAAAUUAUCAAGAGUUACAAAUCCACAGUCGCAUCCAUGCUCCUUUUAUCCAAGAGUCAACUUCUUUGUCUCACAUGCACAUCGUGGAAUCACAGAACCCGUAUUAUAAUCCAGAUACUUCAAUCUCUCCUUCGAUAAUCGCUAACAAUCAUCAUGAAUCGAUUGUUAAUUUAAGUAGGCCCAGUUCGUUGUCAACUGAACUAUCACAAAAAAAUGAGAGACCAGCAUGUGCUCUCCAUUGUUCUCUAUGCAAUCAUACUUUCCCCAACAGGAAUCAAUUGAUAAAUCAUAACUUAUCACACUGUGCCAACAAUGAAGACACAUCAUGUGAUGAUAGCAUAGAAAUCGGUGAUGAUUCAAAUCCAAUAGCAGAAAAUCUCAGUUUUCAAGCAAUUGAUCUAGCAUAUCCACGACACAAUCCUUCAAUUGACUUCAAUUAUCCUGAAAAUUUAAAUCUUUCAGCAGCAAAUCCAACGACAAAUGAUUUAGUAAGAGGAGGAUUAGAAAUCCAAAGUUCUUCCUCUAAUUUAUCUGAUCAAAUAAUUCCAUUUCCAAGAUUUCCCGAUGAUUUGAACGGUGAGACUUUGAGUAAUGAGAAAAAUUUAUCGAGCAAUGACAAUUUGUCAGUACAAAAUAAUUCAAAUCACAAUGAAUUAGUAAAUUUACCAGAGAAAAAACAUAAAUGCCUGACGUGUAAUAAAUCAUUUUCCCAAAAAUCGAAGUUGAAAACUCAUGAGUUUUCUCAUACUGGCGAGAAACCAUUCAAGUGCAUCAAUUGUGAUAAAGCCUACACUUCAAAGAGUAAAUUAAAUGCUCAUAUAAGAUUACAUACUGGAUCUAACAUUCAUCAGUGCGACGUCUGUCAAAAAACUUUCGCUUAUCCCUCCUAUUUAAUAGAGCAUUUGAAAAUUCAUAAUAUCAAUUCAAGUUCGCGGGUAAACAUUUCAAAUGAGGUAACUCAAACAAACAACAAAAUUAAUUUGAAUUCACAAAAAUUUGAAUGCUCGAUCUGCGGAAAAAAAUUUAGCAUGAAAAAAAAUUUGCGGGGACAUUUAAAAUUACACAGCGGCAAUGGUUUAUUUAAUUGCGAAAUCUGUGAUAAAUUAUUUAGCCAAAAGUACAAUCUUAAAGUUCACAUGAGAGUUCAUAAGAGAAUAAAAGUCCAUAAAUGUGAAUAUUGUGAUAAGUCUUUCAGUGAAAAAGGUAAUUAUAAAGAACAUUUGAGAAUACAUACGAAAGUUAAACCGUUCGUGUGUAAAUUGUGCAAUAAAGCCUUUUCGCAAUCUAGUCAUUUAAAAAACCACGAAGCCUCUCAUGAUAAUCAACGGCCUUAUCAGUGCAGACUGUGCGGUAAACGAUUUAAACUUUCGUCGCAUUUAAAGAGACAUGUUAGUUUACAUUCCUCAGUCAAAACUUUUAAAUGUUUGCAGUGUGAUCAGAUGUUCACCCAGGCGUUUAGUCUCAAAAGACAUUUGAAAAAACACAAUGAAGCUAUUUAAUGAUUUUUGUAAUAGUUUUUAUCAACGUUAAUAUAUUAUUCAAAUUUUUUAUAGAUGUGUUUAUUUAUUUUAAAAAUAAAACAUUGAAGAAAGU